GUGUUCACUAUAAACUAGAAAGCUUUUACAUCCUACAAAAUCAGCCACGCAAGAUGACAUCGGGAAAGAACCGGAUAUAUGUAUUAGUUGGUGCUUGUCUCCUUUUAAGCCUAGUCUCUAAUACAUCUGGAAAAUCGGCGCAAACAUCUAUAAGAAAGACAAGAUCAGCUCUGCCGCAAUAUCCGAAGCAGUAUCCGCCGAAUCAUCUGCCAAAGUAUCCAAGGUACCCUCCGGACGAUGACGAAAUGAUGCCGCAACACGACAAUCCACCACAAAUCGAAACAAUUGUAAUAUCACAGCCUAUAAAUGUACGCGAGAAGGCCGGUCAAGAACACCAACAUAUUAUGGCCGAAGUACCCUCGUACUAACUACGAGUAUAAAUAAGUGAACUGUGUUUUCAUCAACUUAUCUUUAAAAGAGCGGCAAGUCGAAGUAUCAAACAAUGGAAAUUUUGCAAAACCACAAGAAA